UUGGCAGACUGGAUUCAAUUCAUGAAAUGUCAUGUAGUGAACAAUUUAAGCUAAUGUACUGAUGAGGUCUUUGGCACGUGUAGACUGCUGUUAGAAUGAGAUUGAGCGAUGAUCGACUCUGUUGUGAAUAGUGAUUGAAUUAUCUACAUCCAUAACCUGUUAGGAUUAAUAUCAACCCAUAGAUACACUGUUAAAAUGGAUACAGAAGAUCAAGUACAACAUGUAACAAAGAGUAACGGGGAGAACCCUGGAGAAAAGGAUCCACUUAUAAAUGAAGAUGGGCGACAGACAGUUGAAAUCACAUUACCCAAAAGGGCAAUCAUAAUAGAACCAGUGAUGUGUUUAUAUUUCGUCGCAUGGGCACCUGUGUGGAGUAUUGCCCAGCAGUAUGUGUAUUCGCGGGUUGCUGAAGAACACCAGUUCCCACUUGACUCUAGAAAUGAUACCAACAUUGAUUGUAACAUAAACAAAAGUAACCCUUUAUAUGCUACAGAGCAAACUGUCCAACAGAUAACCUCCCAUUGGUUAUUGCUCAAUCAGAUUGCAUUGAUGGUACCAGCUAUGGUUACCACUGUCAUGUUUGGUGCGUAUAGUGACUCUGCUGGGAGAAGAUUUGUAAUACUUUCUCCCCUAAUAGGAUGCACUUUGAGAGCUGGCAUGUUCCUCGUAGUCAUAGCCUUCAAGUUGAACAUUGCUUUUCUCCUCAUUGGAAGCAUCUUGGAGGGCUUGUCUGGAAGCCUAGGCGCCGCAAUUAUGGCUUGUUUUUCAUAUGCAUGCGAUGUGUCAACCAAUGAAAACAGAUCGUUCAAAAUUACAAUCAUGGAGAUAUCAAUUGGUAUAGGAAUUGCAUCAUCGUUGGUAUCCAUAGGGCAUUUUAUAAAACAUGCUGGAUAUAUGUAUCCGUAUGUCUUUGUCAUAGGAGUGCAAACUUUGAACAUAAUAUAUGUCUACUUUUUUGUCCCAGAAACUGUCAGGAGACAACAAGACGCCAAGUUUCUAUCACUUCGUCACUUUCGGGACACAUUUGUGUUAUACACUAAGGACAAUGGUACAAACAGACGUUGGAAGUUGUGUUUACUUAUCAUUAUCUUCCUCCUUUGUGAAAUGGUAAUUGCUGGCAGAGGGGAUACACAAAAUCUGAAAUUGAUGAAAACCCCACUCUGCUUUAACUCAAUUCUUUUGGGUUAUUUUGGAGCCCUUCAGGCCUUCACCAUGCAGCUUGGCAGCAUGGUGGCUGUUAAGUUGUUCCAGCAUUGGGUGUCUGAUGAAUGGUUCGCAGUCUUUGGGACAUUUGGAGGAAUGGCAAACAACAUUUUCUUUGGGUUUGCUAAUACUACUCUUCUCAUGUUCAUGGUUCCUAUUGUUGGUCUGGCUGGAAACAUGGUUCUUCCGUUUGUCAGAGCAAUGCAGUCUAAGCUAGUCCAGCCAUUAGAGCAGGGAGCACUGUUUGCAGGCCAAGCCUCCAUACAGUCACUGUGUGUGUUACUUGCUACAGCCUUAUUCAAUUCAACAUAUGCAGCUACUCUUGGCAUCUGGGACAAAACUGUGUUCAUGAUGAUGGGUGGAAACAAUUUCUUAGCACUAAUCCUAAUUGUUUUAUACAUGAUAUUGCAAAUGAGGGAGAGGACUGUUAAACAAUCGUCGGCCCACUCAUCGUCUUAUGAAGCAAUAAAUUGACAAGUGGAUACAUUGAAGACGAUCUAAAAAUAACAACGAAUAUAAUGACACUGACGCCAACAAAAAAUAAUCAACUGAUCUAGGAUCAUUUGAACUACCCUCUGUAUCAAAAGUCUUUU